GGGGCUGGGGAUUGUCCCUCUCUGGCUGGCCCAGCCUUGCCCCAGGACAGCCAAGGGCCUGGCCGGAUCCAGCAGCAAGUCCCUGCUGGGCAGUUUAACCCCUUCCCUGCUGUGCCCCUCUGGCCUGGGCUCGGCUGUGCCGGGGCGUAGCUGGCUGGCGGGUGCAGCUGCAGCAGAGCAGGGCUCUGGGGAACCCUGGGAUGUUGGGGCUCCAGGCCCUCCUGCCCCCCCGCAGCUGGGAGGGACUCACCCUUUCCCUCUGGGGUGAUGAAUGAUCCCCCCCCCCGCACCCUCUCCCCAGCCCCCAGCUCUGGCCCCAAGGGAGGGGGGACCCUUUUGCUCCUAGUGCCCCAGGGAGGGGGUCCAUCAGGAUUCAUGGAGAGGGGGGGCUGUGGGCUGAGAUCAAAACAUCUGGUCCCUUUCAUGCAGGGGGCUGCCACUUCCACACCCCCCCUCCCCUGCCAGCUGGGGGGCAGCCUGCCCCCUGGACCGGCUCUAGCAGCGCAGCAGCCGCCCUGCGUCCCCUCUGCCUCUCCAAACCCCACCUGGCUGAGGGCCCUGCCAUUCGGGCACACCCCAUGGAUGGUAGAGGAGCCCCAUUCCACAGAAGCGGAAACUGAGGCACUGAACGGGACGGGGCUUGCCCGGGGCUGGCUAGACCAAGCAGAACCCAGGGUGGGGGAUUCUCCUGGCACCCCCAGCAGGGCAGGCUGGUAAUGAGGAGCAGAGAAAGGCCCCAUGCUGCUCACAGGCUCUGUCUCCCCUGGCUGGGGGGGCCGCCCCAGUUUCCCCAUCAGGUUCUGACGGGAUGAUGCCUGAGACCCUGCCCCCAGAGGGGCAGGCUGCCAGCCCCUGGAUUUUGCAGGAUUCCCUCAUUUUGGGUGUGGGUGGGUCAGAGCAGUGACCCCACCCUCAUUAGGGGGGUGGCACCCCCAGGUGGGGGCUGUGCGGGUCGUGGACAUUAGCUGGGGAGGGGAACCCUUGGUGUGGGGCUUUGGGGCAGGUGGGAGAAAGCUGGAGGGGGGUGUCUCUGUAUGGAAUGGGGGGGUGGCUUCCAGGGAGCCAUGGGCCAGCAAGGGUGCAGGCGGGAAGCAGUGGGGAUGGGCACAGUACAGGGUCCCGCUCCAGGGGCAGCACCCAGGGGAGAUCAGGGAGCCGACACGGCUGGGGAGAUCCCCCUUGUGCUCCUCUGAUCCCUCCUCCCGCUCGCCCCAAGGAGACGCUGCCAGAUGUGUCCAUGUGUCCUGGCUCUGGAGCAGCCGCCAGAUGUUGGGGGGGAGGGGCUGGUGUUUUGUGUGUUGAUUCCAGCUGUUGGGGGGAAUUAGUCAUUUUUUCCAGCCUGGGUCGUGUGAAGAGAUUAGCCUCUCCCAGGCAGGGGGUGGAUCAGACCCCGGGAAGGGGGGACUCGGGGUAGAUUUGGGCCAAUGGGGUGGGGGGGAGUGGGGGUUUUGACGUGACUGUCUCUGGCUGCACAAGGGUGUAGGGGGAGCCAGGAGCUCGGGGUGGGGGGUGUCACAGAUCUCUAGGGCUAACACCAGGCGCCCCCCCGCAGGCUCCCUGUGUGGAUGGCUGCAGGGCCCUGACUCCCACCCAGCAUGGAGCCCGACCUCCUGCCCCUCGUCCUGACGGCCGAGCCCUGGGGCUUUAACCAGCAGGCCACGGAGCUGGGGCCGGGCACCCCCGGCCUGGACCCCUGCAGCCUGAACCUGGAGCGUCGCUACCAGGCCGUGCCCGCCGCAGUCUGCGCCCUCUGCUGCCUCUUCGGGGUCAUCUACAGCUGCUUCGGUUACCGCUGCUUCAAAGCCAUCAUGUUCCUGUCGGGGCUUCUCUUCGGCUCCCUGGUCAUCUUCCUGCUGUGCUACAAGGAGCGAGUGCUGGAGACGCAGCUGAGCCUGGAAGUGAGCGCGGGCAUCGCGCUGGGCAUCGGGGCGCUGUGCGGGCUGGUCACUAUGCUGGUGCACAGCGUGGGGCUCUUCAUGACAGGGCUGCUGCUGGGGCUGCUGCUGGCCACGGCCGGCCUGGUGGCCACGGAGCCGCUCUACCAGCCGCAGAGCCUGUGGGUGCCCGUGGGCAGCGUGCUGGGGCUGGCACUGCUCUGCGCCCUGCUGGCGCUGCGCUGGCAGAAGCCGCUCACCGUGCUCUCCACGGCCGUCUUCGGGGCCGCCGUCAUCGUGGGCUGCGUGGACUAUUUCGUGGAGCUGCUGGCGCUGCUGGGCCACGUGUACGACCGGCUGCGCCUGGCACCCUCGGCCCCGCUCUGCUGGCACAGCUGGGCCGUCCUGGCGCUCUGGCCGGCCCUCAGCGUGCUGGGCCUGCUGCUGCAGUGGAAAGUGACGGCCGAGGGCUACUCGCACACGGACGUGAUCAUCAGCCGGCGGCAGAAGCGGUUGCAGCUGCUGCGGAUCCGGCAGAAGGAGGCCAAGAAACGGCAGAGCCUCCCCCCGCAGGAGGGCAGCUACCGGCGCAAGCCCAACCCCGUCAAGCGCUAUGCAGGCGACGUCCUGGCGCCGAGCUACAUCCAGAGCCUGCGGGAUCGCCAGCUGGGCACCGGCAGCGCCACCCACACCGUCCUCGACCUGGACUACGACUGCGGCUCCACCGUGCCCCUGACGGCCCCUGCGCCCGGCGGGCGCCUCUGACCAGGGCAGGGGCUUCACUUCGUUCCAGUUGUGCCUUAGGGGCGGAGGCGGCAGCGAUGGGGGGAGGGUGGGGAGACCGUUUUGCUGGUGACACUUGACCCCCCCCUCACCCCACCCCCGUGCCCUCUCCCCAGCCCAGCAGCUGCGGUUCCCAGGUAGGGUGGGCACCUGCCUGCCUGGCCCUUUAAAUAUUCAAAACAGCUGCUUUCCCCUGCUCCUAUUGGCCUGUCCAGAGGGGAGGUGGUGCUCCGGGGAUACAGCUGGUUCCAUUUGAUCUGCUCUCCAGUGUCAGGCUGGGGACCCUGCUCUGGGCCCCCCGCGAUGUCCAGCCUCCCCCGUCGCCCCCAGCACUGGGGUGGGGGCAGAGCCCCGGGCCCCAUCGCUGGGGGGCUCUGCCCUGGGCCCGGGUUAAAGCUCUGCCCAGCCGGGUGGGGGCAGAGCCCCGGGCCCCAUCGCUGGGGGGCUCUGCCCUGGGCCCGGGUUAAAGCUCGGCCCAGGCCGGGUGGGGGCUGAGCCCCGGGCCCCAUCGCUGGGGGGCUCUGCCCUGGGCCCGGGUUAAAGCUCUGCCCAGGCUGGGUGGGGAGCAGCGGGGGGGGGGCUGGCCCGGAGCAUUCUGGGAACUCAGCAGCCGCCCCUGCCCGAGCCCCGUCUGCCAGCCCUGGGGGGUACAGGGCGCUCGCAGGCUGGGGGGGUCUGUACACACAGGCACUGCCGCCAUGGCAGACGCCCUGCAAGGGGGGCGGGGGGGCGUCUUCUGCCAGGGUUGGGCCCAGCGGGGGGGACCCAGAUCCCCUGGCCUGCAAGGACGACAGCCAAGGCCCAGCCGCCUCUAGCAGCACUUUCCUACCCCACCGGCUCCAGCAGCCCCCCCAUCUCAGCCCUGGCUCCCGAGGGGGAGGGAGCUGGUCCCCCUGUUUAUACCCUAUGUACUGUACCGGGGGGGGGGGCACAUUAAACUGCCUUCGAGA